AUGUGGAAUUUGUCAAAGCUUGAAUUUGUGGCACUGGACAUUUCUGGAAAGAACUAUUUGUCAUGGGUACUUGAUGCUGAAAUUCACCUUACUGCUAAGGGUAUUGGUGAUAGUAUAAUCGAAGGAAAUAAGGCAUCAAGUCAGGAUAAAAAGAAAGUUAUGAUUUUCCUUCGUCAUCAUCUUGAUGAAAGCCUGAAGGUUGAAUACUUAACAGUGAAAGAUCCAAUUGAAUUGUGGAUAGGUUUGAAAGGGAUGUAUGACCAUCUCAAGGCAACGCAAUACGAUGAAAAGGAUUUUAAAAAAUACUCCGAAUUAAUCUCAUGCCUUCUGGUGGCUGAGCAACAUAAUGACCUUUUAAUGAAAAAUCAUGAAGCCCAUCCUGUUGGAAGUGCUCCAUUACGGAAGGCACACGGGGCAGAACCACACGGUCAGUCUGAAAUAAGACAAAAUAAUCAGGGCCAUGAUAAUGUGCGUGGGUGUGGCAAGGGCAAAAGACAUUAUAAUAAUCAUCGAGGUGGUAGUCAUAACAAAAGGGAGAAUAAUAUGGGUUCUCAAAAUAAUCCUUCUAACGGAAAGGGCGAUCACUAUCAUCGUUAUGGCCUUAAAGGUCACUGGAAAAAUGAAUGUCGGGCACAUGAGCAUUUUGUCAGGCUGUAUCAAAAUUCCUUCAAAAGGAAAGGAAAUAAAUGUGGUGCCUCCUCUUCUAAUUCCCAAGUAGAGUCACAUUUGACUCUCAAAGAUGAUGCUCAGGCAACGUUUUCUCAAAAAUAUGAUGAGAAUAUUGAGACAAAUUUAGCAUUGAAAGAUGAUGCUUUUGAUUGGCUCGAUGAUAUCACUCAUCUGGAAGCUGAAGACUUCUUUGGGGAUCGCAAUUGA